CCCCACCCCCCUUCCGUCAUGUCGGGCACCUCUCCAUCCACACCGAAAGACCAUAUCACCAUGGUAGACCACGAUUAUAGCGACUGCAGCGAAGAUGUAUCGUUAAUCGGCGCCGACCGGGAGCAUCGACGGUCAUCUAUCCCGGACGGACUAUAUCGACACAAACAGAGCAGGAACUACAAUCCGCUCUAUAUCGCGGUAGUCGCCAGCUUGACCUUCCUGAUUACUGAUAUAGCCGGCCAAAUCAUCGUCGCACCCCGCCUGACGAUUUUCGAACAGAUCAUCUGUAGGGCGUAUUAUACUCAGGCUUCGGGAGGUGCAGGCACAGAAAUGGGAGAUUGCAAGGUUGAGCCGGUGCAGAGUGAACUGGCUUUGAUCAAUGGCUGGCGGGAGAUGUUUGAUAAUAUUCCAGCUAUCGCAGUUUCUAUACCCUAUGGAGUCGUCGCAGAUCGGUUUGGGCGUACAAAGGUCCUCUUACUUGCCAUGGUCGGUUGUCUUCUGAGCGACAUCUGGGUCGGGGUCGUGACCUGGUUCCCCGAUAUUUUCCCUCUCCGCGCUGUAUGGUUCUCCGGUAUCUGGCAACUGAUCGGUGGAGGAGGAGCUUCCGUAUCCUCUAUGGCAUUUGCGAUGAUAGCCGAUUCAUGCCCUGCAGGUUUGAGAACUACGGCAUUCUCCCAAGUCCAUGCCGCCGUCCUCAUGGCCGAGUUAGUCUCCGUCCCCGCCGGUGCUGCUCUAGCAAAUUUCAACCCCUGGAUCCCCGUCUUCGGGGCUGCGAUUUUCAUGGUCCUAGGCAUCUUGUUCGCCUACGUGGUAGUGCCAGAUAUCCGGCCGGCGGGUUCCAAGCGCGAAGGAGGCAGCGAUGGUGACUUCUUAUCCUCUGCGCAGGAGACGCAUUCCACAUGGCUCAUGUCGAUCAACCACCGUUGGCGCAAGAUUGUGGACGAGUUCAGGAAGGAUUCCUCUUGGAUCCGAGAUGUGAACAUUCUGUUGAUCAUGGCCUCCUUCUUCGUCUGCCAGCUCGGGAGAAUGAUUUCGGGCAUUACCCUGCAGUACGCUGCUGCCAAGUUUCACUGGAAAUUUGACAAGGCAUCCUUAUUAGUUUCUCUGCGGGCCGGAGUCAAUCUAUUCGUUUUGGCGGCCAUCAUUCCCGCCCUUUCGUACAUCCUGGUGAAACGCUUCAAACUCAACGACGUGGUGAAAGACAAACGAAUCACCCAGAUCAACGGCGUCUGCCUCAUCAUCGGAUCUUUUGUGAUGUUCCUCGCCGCUUCGCCUGGGACUCUGGUCUUCGGGCAGACGGUCUUCGCCCUGGGAUUUGCCUUUUCCGUCACGGCGAGGAGUUUCCUCACGGGCAUGGUGGACCCAAUGCACAUUGGAAUUGUCUUCACGGGAGUCACAACGAUGUUGUACGGAGGUCUAGUGAUCGGUAGUCCUAUGCUGGCCAAGACGUUGCAGUGGGGAUUACAGCUGGGUGGAAUCUGGGUGGGGUUGCCUUUUCUGCUGGCUGCUGUAUUGUUCACGCUAGCGCUGGGUGCCAUCACUGCGGCAAGGUCGUAUUGAUAUAUAUAUCAGCUCUUCCUC